AUGUCCUACUACGAAAACGCUCAGUGGCCCACCCCGAGCCAAAAUAACUGGGAGCAUCAGCAGGGGACGUCAACUCCUACUCGUGCCGGUGCCAGUGGCCCGCAGCCUCAGGACGACUUUGCAUUCUCCUACCAAUUCGAUGAGGUUGACCGUGCCUUCGAGAAUCUCCAAAAGUCCGGCAAAGGCUACGCCAUGGGAGCCCGGCGUAAGCCUACUCCGAAAGCCUCACUGCGAAGUGGUGCCCCUAUAUUUACUGAUGGCCGAGUUUCCCACGGUAGUGGACCUCGCUCGCACCCCAUGAACAACACCUUCGAAGGGCCCCAGGGCCACAAUCUUCACAAUUUUUAUGCCUCGCAGCGCCAUCAACCAUCUCGAGGCUCCAACGAGGCAGAGCAGGUCAUGCAGGCUAAGAGACGGAUGGCGGCUCAGCGGGAGCGCGAGCUGCGCAAUUUACACACUGAGCAGCAGUAUCAACGAAAUGCGCUGACGGACGCGCCCCAGCACACCAACACCACUCCCGUCAAUAACAACGCCAAACAUAUGUCGGAGGAAGAAACCCGCGAGCUUAUUGCCCGUCAGCGAAGUGCUUUGUACGGCGAGGGCCCCUUUGCCGACAAGACGAGCUAUGUUGAUGAGACCGGUAACAUUCGCCCUGGUGUCCCGGGCCAGAGCGGGCCAUCCAGUAUUCGGGGCCCUUCGCCCUUAGCCUUUGAAGCCAUUGGCCGAGUUCCAUCUGGAGCAGAGGUUGUUACUCCUGGCUCUGCUAGCGAUCACAACGCGACCAUUGCCGAUCCAGGCCCCAGACCUCAAAGCACCAGCAGCCCUCACAACUCUGGACCGACUAAUAGGGCAUUCGACAACGCUGUGGGCUCCCAAAGCCGCACAAGCACCUCUAGCCCUACUGGCGGAUCCCCGCCUCGCGACUUUGUACCUGGCUCCAAGCCUGGCCAAAGCGGCGCUACUGUUGCUCCCAUUGGAACUCGCCCUUCUGGAACGCCAUCGACCACAACUUCUGGCAAGCGGUCUACCACCCCUCUGGCCUCCUCCUCUGGUGGCUGGGGUCGUGGAAAUGGGGUUUGGGGACAGUCCUCCGGCCUCGGAGCCCAAGCCAGCGUCUGGGGAUAA